UCGCGAGGAAGGAGGAAGGAGGAACCCAAUCCCGGAAGCUGUGACAACAAUAAUGCUGGAUGGGAUGUGUCGCUACCUCGUCUGCGGUCUCAGAGCUGGAGUUUACCUUUUUGUCAAGCGUUCAAAAAUGAAUUUAAAAGGCGUCCCUAUACGACUAUGUGAGCAAUUUUGAGGGAAGGAUGCACUCUUCAAACCAUCGACUGCGAGAAAUGGAGCAGCACCACCCGCUGCUGACGGCAGGUGGCGAUGUCGAGUCAGGCAGCCUGGCGGCUGGAGUGAUGGUCGACGGCGCCCACACGGACCACAGCACCGGAAACCGCACGGUGUGGUUCAUUCAGGACAGCUGUGGUAUGGUGUGCGCCGGCAUAACCUGGUUCCUGGUGCUGUAUGCCGAGUUUGUUGUGAACUUUGUCAUGCUGAUGCCCGCCAAGAACUUCUGGUAUUCUCUACUUAACGGAGCCACGUUUAACUCCCUCGCCGUGCUCGCUCUGGCUUCACACCUGCGCACCAUGUUGUCAGAUCCGGGUGCGGUUCCCAAAGGCAACGCCACCAAGGAGUACAUGGAGAGGUUGCAGCUGAAGCCUGGAGAGGUCAUCUACAAGUGUCCAAAGUGCUGCAGCAUCAAGCCUGAGAGAGCACACCACUGCAGUAUUUGUAAAAGGUGCAUCCGGAAGAUGGAUCACCACUGUCCCUGGGUAAAUAACUGCGUGGGGGAAAAGAAUCAGAGAUUCUUCGUCCUUUUUACUAUGUACAUAGCAUUGAUUUCUGCUCAUGCACUGGGCCUCAGUGGCAUGCACUUCUUCACGUGUAUUAAAGUACAGUGGAACGAGUGCAGUGACUUCUCUCCUGGGGUGUCCGUGCUACUGCUGAUCUUCCUCUGUCUCGAAGCCAUCCUCUUCCUCACUUUCACUGCUGUCAUGUUUGGUACGCAGAUACACUCCAUCUGCAAUGACGAGACGGAGAUCGAGCGACUGAAAAACGAGAAGCCCACCUGGGAGCGUCGCACCAGAUGGAACGGAAUGAAAGCCGUGUUCGGCGGCCCGCCCUCUGUGCUGUGGUGCAACCCAUUCACGGGGCUGCGUCUACACCGCCUCGCGCUCCUAAACCAAGCUCGCCGCCCCGGAUCAGAGUUUUCUGUUUGAGAGACGCCUGUGACGAAACUCAUGAGGAAGGUGAUGGAACGGACAUCAGCUUACCAAGAACUGGCCUUCCUGUGCGGGUGACAAAGUGUUACGGCGGGGCUGCACAACUUCGGCAACCUCCAUUCAAUGUCCAUACUUUCUCACAACGAUUGCAAACAUUGACGGUUUUUAGUUUGUGUGGUGGUGACGCAUGCAGUGUAUAACUCUUUUAUUCCUCCUCCAUUUGGUUUCCCUUUUAUUUAUUUUUUUCAAUCAUUAUUGAUUUUGCCUUGCUGAUGAGAUUCAAAGUACAUAUUUGACAUGGCGGACUGGAGGGGGCAAGCAGCAUUAUUGCAGACAAAGGGCGCAGGCUACUUACGUGACACUUGAGCGAGUGGAGCACACCAGACAGACGUGUGCUGCGUUGAUUUGCAUGUGUAACGCUGCAAUCAGUCGGCCGCUCCCGGGCUAAUGAGGCCGUGAACAACAAGCUUCUUUCUUCUUCUGUGCGGGGCUGAGUGGCUUUUGCAAGGUUUUCGUCUCCUGCAAUAUCAUCAUCAUUAUUAUUUAUUCCUGGCUCAACUCUUUUUGGGCCAGUGCAAGACAAUAUCUGCAGCAGUGAGAAAUCUACCUAUGUUUCACUGUAAAGAUAAAUAACUCUCUUGAGUAUAUUUGCCUGCUUACAUCGGUAAUCAGUUUUAGGGGUUACUUUUGUAUAUCAUUUGGACUUUACAAGUUCCUCGCAGCAAGUGUUGGACCAUGCAUGCUGCUUGCCUGUCAUGACACUAGCACAUCGUCCUUUUGUGCUCUGACUUUAUGCUGAUUCUAAGCUGGUGAAUUUCAAACUGUGCAGUGGAUUCUUCUGGGGGCUUUUGCUAUUUAUAAGGCCUGUAAGAAGCAGACCUUCCAAGAGUUUUUAGAACCCUUAAUGCCUUUGAACAACAUCCGGUCAAUUCAUCCAUUAUAUAUCAUUUACAGUUUUCUUUUUACACUGGAUGAUUGUGGCUUUUUUUUUUAAUUAAGACGGUAGUUCAGAUUUGAGUAUUGUCAAGUUUUCCUCCACAUGUGGGACGGUGUGCUGGUUUUUGUUCUCAUCUGUGGUUGCCAAAGGAGUGAGUAUUUUUUUUCCCUCAAUGUUUACACUAUUAAAGGAUGCUCUGUGAUGAAUGUAAAACAAGUUGGCACUCUUUCUAAACUGUUUUCGGGAGUUUUAUUAAUGCAGACCUCAUGUUUUCUCUUUCUCUAACUGCUGCACAGGCUCAAACUUGCAACCCCUCUUACUGCAGGCAUGCAUUUCUUAACUUCAUCCAGGAAAUCCCUUCAAACUAACUUAAAUAGGAACGAAGGCCAGCUUAACCUAUAAAUGUGUGCUUGCAAGAUGGGCAACAAUUGAACUGGAAUGGAAAUGAAUACAGGAACAGAAGUGACAUUUUCUGGCAGGAUGUACUUUAUUCAUAUCUUUGAUCAAUUAAAUUAUGAUUAUGAAAGGUCAGGAAGAUAGUUGAUCUUCCAGAAAUGGUUGUAUACUACAGUAGGACAGUGCUUUCAAGUAAUGAAGUUAUGAUUCCUCGUACAGGGUUAGCAGUUACGAGGCAUGUUUUGUAUAACUGAUUGUAUUUUAAAUCCCUGUAUUACAUUAUGAUGACAUCACCGGGUUGUGUGGCGAUGCUCUCAACCCGAAAAAUGUUUCUGUUCCCCUGAGAUCAAGUCUUUUAGCGUUUAUGACAGAUUAAAAGUUAUGAGAACUGUAUAAAUGGAUGGAAUGGUUUGUUUUUUUAAAUGUGUCAUGUAAAUGUCAUUUUAAGUAAUAAACAUUAUUAAAAGUGUUA